CUCGUUCCAUGUUAAUAGAUAAACUCCAGUACAAAAUACUAGAAAGCCUAAAAUAGAUGUCAACCAGCUACGCUCAAAUUCCUCUUGGAAAUUUGUUUCCAUUAAUGCAAUUUGAGUAAUCAAUAAAGUGCAAUUGAAAUUUCUAUAUUUAUAAAGGGUUUAUAAACAGACGCAUGCUCUAGACUCCUAGGGGUUGACCUACUUAAGUAUAUAUUUUUUUUAAAAAGGGUUUGUUUCAGGGUUCUUUAGCUAGGAAGAUACAAAUUUAAAUAAAAAUAUAUAUAAAAACGUUUGUCAUUGGUGGAUUUUGUUGUUCCUCAACUUAGAAAAACCUCCAAGAUGCGUUGUUCUCCAAUCACCAACGCAAUUUUCCUAAACCUAAUAAUCUUCGGCAUGGGCAGUUACAUUUACGUGCUAUGGACCCAAUACGAAACCAACCCCGAAAAACCCGAUACUCCAACCACCUCGAAAUUCGAUAAACAAAUUUACCUUUACAACCGAGGAUUUCUAACGAAUCAAACAAUUUUAUCACGUUCCAAGCACGCCCUAAAAGAUAACAUCACUUACAUCAACAAUAGUAGACCAAGAAUACCCAGUUCCAAUCCACACCAGUUCUAUUUGGACACUAAAAAAUAUCAAUGCCUCUCGAAUGAAACAGAUUGUAGCAACAAAACUGAAGAAUUUAAAAAAAAGCUUCUUGUUGAGCUGGGCAAUACUUUUUCUGACGAAAGUAACAUACUCAAAGAAGGCAAUUUGAAUAAUACUUACAACGUCCACUAUGUGGGACCAAGAGAAGACUUUAGACAAAAGCCCCAGGAGCAAGUUUCGUGCGAAUUAAUGAAAACUAAAUUGCAAACACUAAAAAAAGCUGACUUAAAUACAAGCGAGCCUUUAAAAAAUUCAAUGCCAAAAAGGAGUUUUUUCCAAAAUAAAACUUUCAAUAGCUGCGCUGUCAUUGCUAGUGCUGGAGCUCUUAGAAAUUCGAAUUUGGGAAAGUUUAUUGAUUCCCAUGACGUUGUUUUACGUUUCAACCAUGCACCAACCAAAAAAUUCGCUCAAGAUGUUGGAACUAAAACAACAGUGCGUGUAGUCAACUCUCAAGUAGUCACUAAGCCAGAAUUCAAUUUUCUUCAAUCCCCUCUGUAUAAAAAUGUUACUCUAGUUCUCUGGGACCCAAGCAAUUAUUCUGGAUCGCUGCAAGAUUGGUUUAAAAAUCCCGAAUAUAAUUUAUUCAAUAAUUUUGUUCAAUAUAGGAAACAAGAAGCUAAACCGAGAGUUUAUUUGCUGAAUCCUUUAACAAUUUGGGAUGUUUGGGAUUUCUUGCAAAGAAAUUCACCUGGUAGGUUGAGAAAGAAUCCACCAUCCUCAGGCUUUUUAGGUCUUCGUUUGCUUCUACCCCACUGCAAUUUCGUUGAUGUGGUUGAAUACAUGCCAUCUACUCGUGUCACUAAACGAUGUCACUAUUUUGAUCCUGACCAAAACGCUGCCUGCACUUUUGGAGUCUGGCAUCCGUUAUCACUAGAAAAAUUGUUAACAUAUCACUUAAAUGAAGCUUCAGAUUAUGAAGUCUUCCAAAAGGGCUUCGUUAGAGUUAGAGGAUUUCAAAAUUUAAAAUGUUAAUAAAAAUUCGUUUAUGUUUCUAGUGUAGCAUCACUCAUCCAGUAUUUGUAAUUCAAACAAACCGAAUCUAAAAUUAAAUUCGUUCGGUGUACAAAUCGAUUAAAAAACUUGAUAAAUAAACCCAGGAAAUUUUUGAAAUACUUAAGUGAGUUCAGUUUGAGCACAAAUCAACCUUGUACCAAGUAUUUUGAGCCAUGUUUGAACGGUUUUUGUUUUGCUUCAAACAUAAAUUUAGUGCGAUUUUAAUGGGCUCUUCGUCGUUGGCAAUUGGAGUUAUUGGAACCAUUUAUUUUAUAGUGAGGAUCAGUAAUAAUUUCAAAAAAGCCGAUGAACAUUUUCUUUUGGCUUCGAUUUUUCUUAUUUUUGUUAGUGCUAUCUUACUAGCCGGUAUAAUAUGGGAAAAGCCACUCCUGAUUCUUUCCUACGAAUUCGUCCACUUUUCAACAUUAGUCAGUCUGCUUGUUUUCAUUAUAAUUUACUUCGAACAUAGUGUUCUUAAUUGGAUCAUUUUAAUUAUUGCAACGUGUUUUAUGUCCUACUGGAUCUUUUGCAUACAUCUCUACUAUAGGCAGUUGAGGCUCAAAGUUAAAAGC